AUGCCAACACUUGCCUGGAACCCAUCUAAUACUCACCAGGCGCUCACACACUACUCACCAAUGCUCACUAGCACUCACCCACCAUCGCUCUCGCUUAUCAUUGCCCUCAUCCACCAUUACUGCUCACCUCAGUGCUCUCCACCAAGAUUACUCCUAAGCAGUGACGCUGACAGGGACGAAAUUCGAAUACGUGCACCACGAGUUAAUCUAGAUAUAUUGAAUACCAAGCUCUAUGAUAAACAGCAUGGCAUCUCGAAAAGUACUCGAACUACAUACUCCGCGUCCCCAUUGUCCGGCUCAAAAGGCCGAACCGUAGUUACUCUACCUUCUUUCCUCCAGAUUUCUAAACUCUCUUUGGCAAUUGAGGUCCCGGGGUACUUUUUCACGGGUUAUAGUGGUCAAACAGGGGAGAGCCGACGACUGUUAAUUGAAGGCGGAGGUAGUACCGCUUUCUACACUGAAGAAUUAUUAGAAACAACUUUGAACAGCAACUUUCGGUCGGUCAUCAUUGAAAUGGACCUCCAAAGUGAAACUGUCCUUUACGCGGUACUCUUUUGUGUUGCAGCAUUGAGUGCAUAUGCGUCCUACAUCUACUUCGAAGACCCGCAAGAAGCGCAACCAGGGUCAGAAGCAGAGUGGAUGAGAUAUAUCAAAUUCGAGGUGAUGGAAGUUAGUGCCUUGAUGAAGGUAGCCGGGUAUUUUCACCUCGAUCUUCCCUAG